AUGCCGGGCGUCAAGAUACUGCAAUCGCGCAUGUAUCACGAUGUCCCUCCGGACCUCCAGACCAAGUUGGACAUGAACCCGACCCUCAUAGUGUCAUGGUGGUGUACAUUGUUCGCUCUGACAGCCAUCUUGAUCCGGCUACUCGGUCGGUGGGUGCGCACAGAACGAUUGUUUCGGGAAGACAAGAUCAUGUUCUACAGCAUCAUUCCGCUCAUGAUCCGCAUGGGUUUCGUGCAUGUCGUCCUGAUCUGGGGAACCAACAACAUCAAGGCCGACGGAUUGACGCCGCUGGAGAUCCGGCAUCGUGAGAUUGGGAGUAAACUGGUUUUGCCUGCCCGCAUCUUCUAUGCUGCCUUUAUCUGGGUCGCCAAACUCACCGUCCUCGAGUUCCUCAAGCGGCUGAUUGGAAAAUCAUGGGCCAAGUCAUACGAACUGGGGCUGCGUUUCAUCUAUGGCUUUGUCAUUGUCACGUAUAUCGCAGUCGUCAUCGCCACUCUGACCGAAUGUCAACCCUUUUCACAUUACUGGCAGGUCGUGCCGGAUCCAGGCCCUCAAUGUCGAGAAGGGUUGGUGCAAUUGAUCGUCAUGGGAGUCUGUGAUAUGGUCACCGACGUUGUACUGAUUGCUUUUCCCAUCCCGCUUGUCAUCCAGUCUCAAAUGCGGCUCAGCAAGAAAAUAUCCCUGGUGGCGCUAUUCUUGCUCUCCGUCAUCCUGAUCGCCAUCACCGCCUAUCGAAUUCCUUCCACGAUCUCCCGUCGCUCCUCCCAGCAAUACCGAUCGUUGUUGGCAUCUCUGGAAAUCCUGGCUGCGGCGGGUGUGUCCAACGCCAUUGCCAUUGGCAGUUUCAUCCGCGACAAAGGUGUCAAGAAGGCCAAAUUCCGCAUCGCCUCCUUCGACGAAGCCAGCUCCAUGGGCCGCACACCUACCCGGACACGAACUCGAUCUAUGACCCAUCAUCACUGGGGGUCUGAUGAAGAUCUGGCCAGAAGUGUUGGUGUAUCAUUACCUCCGUUGCUGAGACACGGAACUACGCUGGACCCAAGUCCUCGACCCGCGGAGGUCGCUCUGCCCAACCACAACAGUGACGUGGAGUCUGGUCCUGGUCAUCACAACCCGACAUUUAGUUUGCGAUGGAAUUUUGCAGAAGCAUCGCGCGAACGAAAGAGAAGGAAAUCCAUGGAGAGUAUGACCAGCACGUCCACCGACAUCAAGCUCGAAGACCUGAACAGGCUGGACGCUACAAAGACUCACCCCGACAGGCCAAUCAGCCCUGGAUACAAGGAGCCCGAUACGCCGAGCAGGAUAGGGUUCUUCGAUGUUGGCGGUCUUGUCGAUCGGCCGGCGAAUGGGUCACCGUCUACUCUCUCGCGACAGGCGUCGCUCAUUGAAUCGACACGUCGAGUUUCCUCGCCCAACUAUCAAGGAAGUCGAUCAGGGUCUAAGGCGUUCCUGACCGACAUUGGAGGUCUUCUUUCGAGGCACGGACAUAUCCAUGAAGAAGAGGAACUGCGGUCGCCUUCCAUAUCCGCCGGCAGGAAGCGAAGUAGCCCCAGCGUAUCGCCCAUAAAGCCGGACAGCAGAAAAGUCUCGCGGAGCAGUCGACUCCCUUCACGACAGGAAGACGCCGAACCUCCAGCACGACCGAGAGGACCUGACGAUCUGAAUAUUUCGGAUGCGGGUGGCCUCUUACGACCAUGA